UUAGGUCUGAAAGGGCCCCCUCUUUUUUAAUUCGCCAAUUGGGGAACAGUAGCUCGUCUUGCAUUAUUCUGGCUGGUGUAAGGCAUGAACAAGCAUCGGUUUUGAAGACCCACAAAAAGGCACGUAGUCCUUUUUUCUCAAUUCUAUUGUCUGAGCGUUCUCAUUGUGCUGGUGUGUUUUAUUUUCAUUAAGGGAAGCAGAGAGUGUUCAUUCAGUUCAGUCCUGAUUGUGAUACGAAACGGACCAAUUUUGGGAUUCGUCCUCAGACUCUCUUCGGCUUCCAGUCCACCGUAGCUCAGGAUUUUAUACUCUUUGGAAAGUUUGGAGUUUGACUUGUUUUUGAAAGGAUUGAGUAACUUGGAGGGAUUCAUGUAGAGGAAGCUGUCCUCGUUGCUGGUGGUCAUUCCGUAUGUGAUAAACUGAUAAUGGUUCGAUUCAUCCAGGAGACUCUUCCAUCACUUGGAUCUUCAAUAACUGCUAUGGCUGCACAGAAACUGAACCUAAGCUCCAAAAAGAAAAGGAAAGGGAGUAUACCCAUCAUGAAUACACCCGAGCCCCCCAUCAUGAUGAUGCAGCCCCCAGAGCAACCAAUCUUUCCCACCAACUUCAGCAGCAUUAUCCUGAGGAACCCCCCUCCUGCACCGCCCUCAUUGCUUCGUAAUGUGAACAGGGUUAAGGAGCACCCAGGCGUAGGCAAGGUGAAAGUGAUGCUGCGUGUGAUACCAUCAGGUAACCCUUGUGAUACAGCCACCUUUGUCACCGUGGACACCAAGAAGAAACAGGUCACGCUCUUUGACCCUUCCUUCCUGACCGGUCAUGUAUCUACAGCAGGUCGUAGGGCGGGUGUGGCUGCACCUAAGAUGUUUGCCUUCGAUGCUGUCUUCCCCCAUGAUGCAUCACAGGCUGAGGUGUGUGCAGGCAGUGUAGCUGAUACAGUGCAGGCUGUAGUCAAUGGAGCGGAUGGUUGUCUCUUUUGCUAUGGUCAUGCUCAUUUGGGCAAGACCUACACAAUGAUUGGAUCUGAUGAGUCUGUACACAAGAUUGGAGUGAUCCCAUCUGCCAUAGCGUGGCUCUUCAAACUCAUCAACGAGAAGAAAGAGAAGACAAGCACGAGGUUCUCAGUCCGAGUCUCGGCCGUAGAGGUUUAUGGCAAGCAAGAGAAGCUUAGAGAUCUUCUUAUUGAACAAGCAAAUGGGAGUAACAAUGGAUGUGGCACGUCACCAGCCCUCUACCUCCAAGAAGAUCCCAUCUGUGGGGUACAGCUCUUGAAUCAGAAUGAACUAAGAGCACCCACGGCAGAGAAGGCAGCCUUCUACCUGGAUGCUGCUAUUGCUACUAGACUCACCAAAGGCAAGAAUGAAGAGGCACAUGAUGGGCGAUACUCCCACAUGCUCUUCACCCUCCACGUCUACCAGUACCGCAUCGACAAGUCCGGUAAGGGCGGAGUCAUUGGUGGGCGGAGUCGUCUUCAUCUCAUAGACCUUGGUAGUGGUGACCGGGGAGGGGGCAGAGCUGCUAACGGCGCUGCACUUUCCUUCUCCGCCCUCGGUAACGUCAUCCUGGCUGUCUUGAAUGGACAAAAGCAUAUACCUAACAGGGAUAGCAUGUUAACGAGGCUGUUACGUGAGGCUAUGGGGAGUCUUUCCUGUCGAACAGUCAUGAUUGCACAUGCUUCAGCAGCCCUUAACAACUAUGCAGAGACACUAGGAACCAUCCAGAAUGCAUCUAGGAUACAUCGCAUGAGGAAGAAGAAAUCUAAGUACUCUGGAACUAGUUCAAGUGGUGGUGAUAGUUCUUGUGAUGAGGGUCGAAUAAGAAGACGUCGCUACGCACCUCCAGCAAACAAUGGAGUAUGUGUAACGGAUGCAGUGAACCAGAGUGAUCCCGAGUACAUCUCAAGCAGUGAACAAUCCUGUGAUACAGUCAUCUAUGUAGGACCCGAUGGAUGUGCAUUGAGCGAUAGAGAGUUAACAGACAAUGAAGGACCACCAACAUCGCUUCCAAUCCUAAAGGGAAUGAGUUCAAGUGAGGAUGAUAGAUGUGGAUCAUCAAGUGAUAGGGACAUAGAUGAGUUUCGAUGGGCCAAUGCCGAUUCCACCAAUGAGAUGUCAGGAAGAGAUACAGAUGGUGGCAGUGAUGCAGAAUCAAGGACUACUAAAUCUCUUUUUAACAAAGGUGCUAAAUCUUCCAAAUUGUCAUCUAAGAGCUUGAUACCUAAGCUAUCUUCAUCUCCCAAGAGAAAGCCAUCGGAUCAAUCCAAAAAGGCACCUCCACUUCCUCCCAAGAGGUCAGACAGCACGAAGGAAUCAUUGAACAGGAAGAAAGCUGCCAAGGAUGCGUUGUCAAAUGGAAAAGCCAAGGUGAAUCGACACUCUUCAGAAAAGAAACUGACACAUGACCCAAAGGUUAAUGGAAUAUCUGGGCCUGACAGGCCACAGAAUUUCCCAAGCAAUCUCAAACCUCCUUCUGCCAUACACAAACCAAAACCUCUUCCAAAGCCUAAGCCAAUCACAGUACCCAGACCAAAGGCUUUCAUUUCAUGCUCCGACACAGAGGCUGAGAACUACAUGUCGCAAGAGAGGCGAAAUGUUGGAAGGUCUUUUCUUCUGGUGGAAGAUGAAGACGAUGAUAUGAACGAGGAGCUUGAGCACAGGCCAAGUGGAAAGUCUGCAUCUGAUGGAGAGUUGAAAGACAAUAGCACAAGUGAAGAUGAACCUGAUGAAGACGCAUUAGCAGCAUUGGCUGGUAUGCCACUGGCCCCAAAUGGGCGUGGCAACCUGUCUCCUGUCUUGGAAAUAGAUGAUGCAGCAUCAGAGAAAGGGGAAGAUUGUCAGACCAAAGUGAAUGGAGAUAUAGAGGAUGAUGAUGAUGAACUGACAGCGGCUUUGAGAAAUGCAGAUGCUAACUUCACCACCCAGGCUGCCAAUCUGGCAGAAAACCCAGUCGUUGAGACACCAUCAGCAGUAGAAGCCUUGCCUAUUGUACUGUCUCCAAGAGUAGAGAGACUCCUGUCACCUACUGCUCUCAAGAAGGCUGGUAUUGAUGCUGAAUGUCUGAUGAGGACCAUCCAUUCCUUAGAGGGUCUUUCUGAAUUCCUGGACAAACCAAUCUCAGAGAUUUCAGAGGAUGACAUAUCAUCAUUGGCAUGCUCCGAGCAGGACACCCUGAGCUAUGUGUCUAGAGACACAGAAGAUGUCACCUCGGUUACAGACAUGUCCAUUGAUGACCUUCCUAUGGGAUCAGAAGCAAUGUGCUGCAUAAAGGAACUUGGAAGAAGGUCUCUGGAUUCCUACUCUGAGAAUUACUCUAUUAGUUUCAACGGUGCUAGUGUGGAUGCAUGCCUUAAUGAACCCCUCCUCUUGUUAGGGCAUGAUGAGAGAAACAAACUAGGACUUGGUAACUAUGUCUACUCAGAUGAUGAGUCAGAGAUUGCUGAUGGGUCAAGUCGUCCCCGGCGGUCAGAGCGUCAAUCAGAAAAGGACACCUUCGACUCUUUUUCAAUGGCUGCACGAGACAUUGAGGCCAUUAAGCAGCUCUAUGUCAUAUCAAAUAUGAGCAAUGAAAAUCUAUCUAUUGAUGAUGACAUAUCGGAAGUUAACGUGCCCAAUCUGUCAUUUGGCGAGUCCUACUUACAGGAUGAGCCUUCUGUGGUCACAUACAUGACAAUCAAUAACGAUGAACAGGUAGUAAUGAGGGAGAAGCAUUUAGCUCUUGAUGAUCUCGAUCAUCCAUUGAGAAGACUCAGCUGCAUAAGCGAUGCCACAGAUGCUACCUUCAGUACAGCCUCCCGUCCAGCCAGUUUUGCAGAUCAGGACGAUAUGACUCUUAUCGGUGAAUGCAAUUAUGAGGAUUCUAAGAAUGAACCUACCUCACCCAAUACUAUCAAUCUUAUCAACAGCUUGCAGAAUCUCCACAUGGAUGCCAUGAAGCACAGCAAUGGCUUCAUCAGACCGCAGUGGUAUCAGAAUAGUCCUUAUGGCAACACGGCUGAAGAGACAGGAAGGACAGGAUACACACCUUCAUCUUCAGAGACCUCUCCUGUCUGGCUCAGAAUGAACAUUCCAGUCUCUUCAUCAACAGAGCAAAAAGGCAAGCAAGGUCAAUCUAGUAGUGGGGUACCAAGGAAUGGCUGCACAAACAGAGUAGUUUCCCAUCUGGACACCAAUGCCAUUCUUCCAAAUGGAAUAAGACAAAACCUUCCAGCUCGUCUAUUGACUGAAGUCUUGAGUAACUCGAGCCCAGCGUCUUUCUACAAUAGUCCUCAGCAUCAGGCCACUGUGGCUUCAGUCCAAGCCAGGAAUGUGCACCUUUCCCAGCAACCUUCUCCUCGUAUUCUAAGUGCUGCUAUCCAAAGUGCUAAACAUCAGAUGGCUGUGAGAAAUGACAUGCCAAAGAUUCAGUGUCUAGCUGAUCUGGAGAAGUUAUACGGCAUUGAUAUCCGCAAGCCUGAUGGAGCUGCUACAGAAGAUGUGAAGAGUGAGCCUAUCCCUGCUGACCAUCAUGUAUUUGAUGGAGGCAAAGGGUUUGAUAUCUCAAGCAUGGAACGUCCUCCUGCAAUUGGUGCCUGCUCUGCACCUCCCUUUGAAGUGGAAAUGAAUCCCUACUUCUUACAGGAGUAUGAUGAUGCAUUGCUGUCUGGUGAGACCAAGGAGACAAUUGCCAUGGUACAUCAGCCUCCAAAAGUGACCGUGAGUGAGGCAAGGACUAAGAGACUUGUAAGCAGGAAAGAGAGUGGACAAUCAGAGGCCAGCAGUAUAUCAAAGAGUAGUGAUUUAACUGUUCAAAGCUGUCCUGUUACUAGAUUACCACAACCAAGUCAUCAUGGGACACCCUCAAAAAGCUCUGCAGCCUCCAAAAUGUCUUCCCGCACUGGCAAGCCUCCCCCCAAAUCCAGGGAGGAGAACCAUCCAGGAAGCAAGAGUGCACCUACGUCUUCCAAAAAGACUGCUCAAACAAGUAGGAUACCCCAGAAACCUCAGGCCAACCCUCGCAGUCAAACACCCAAAUCAAGUGCCCUCCCUGUCAGGAAGUCCCUAAGCAAGUCAGCACCAUCACUUUCCAGAACAAACCAAACCUCAACAAAGAUUCCCAUCACAACGGUCACAUCGGUGGAUGGCACCUCUGAUCCAGCUCCCAGCAUGCGCAAUGCAAACAACAACAUCGCCCAGCUCCAGCCUGGUAGUCGACUAACAAACUCCUCCGACAGCAGUAAUGACAGUGGUAUAGCUUCCAGUGAGAACGUCACCAACUCCAAACCUGCCAUUCUCUCUCCAUACUCCACCGUCACCAAACCAAGGACAACCAAGAGCUCUAGCAGUGGACAUGGUAGUGAUAACAGCAGCACAUUCAGUGACAGUGUACCUGCCAGCAAGGGCAUACGAAGGGUCAAUGGUGCCAGUGGUACCAGUAGUGGAUAUGAAAGUAUGCUGAGGGAUAGUGAGAACACAGCUAGCUGUUCCUCUGCUCAUGACUCGCUCAGUGAAGGAUCCUGUGGACGGGUUAAAGGCAGCAAACUACCAAGGAAGAAGUUUGGAGGUGCCAGAAGAAGUCGUAGUGUUCCCCGAUCCUCAGCGUCUGACUGUGGUCCUUCCACUGGAAGCAGCAGCAAGUCAAGUCGCUGGAAAGACCUGCCCCCUCGACCCAUCUUACCAAACAAAGAAGGCGUGGAACUCAAGGUUUACGAGGUCGAUGAUCCUCAUCGAAUCCAGCAACAAAGACCAGAUACAAUCAAGGAUACCAGCGUUGUUAUUAACUCUAAAUCACCCAGUAAAUCAUCUAAUAAAUCACCUAGUAAAUCACCCAAAAAGGCUUGCGACACUAACACCUUGAGUAGCUCUGGGUCUAAUGGUGCUCCACCCAAACCAGAGAGAUAUGAGAGAGCAGCAAGGCCCUCAGAGACUUGUGAGGAAGCAAGUGGUUCCUCCUCGUCUCUGAUUCAGAGUCGUCAUCGUGAGUUGCGGGCUCAACUGGCCUUAGCUGAGGCUCAGCUACAGGAAGGCGAAGGCCAGUGCCCGUUUGAGCUCCACGUUCUGGAAGAAGUGGAGUCCCAGUUCGGGGAGCUCGCCCCUUCGCCCAUGGAGGAAGAGACAGCCCGCCUGGAAGAGCGACUGAUCAAUUGUCGCGCUCAUCUGGCAAUGAUCAAGUGCCUCAAUCUCCUGUGCUGCUCGCCGAAGAGACACAAACCAAGCCCCACAUAGAUGGCAUAGAGACUCUUGAAGACAUGAUGAUGCCUAAUUGCCAGAGUGAGCAAGUUCCCCAUUCUGGGCAGGAGUGAUGCUAGGAGUGAGGCUAUGAGUGUUCAUUGAUCAAAGACAUACUGCAUUCAAAAUGAGGACUAUAAAACAUUUGAAUAUUUUACUGAAGUGACCAAAAUUGAUUGGCCAUUGGUAGAUGCUAUAUGAUGUGCUGCUUUGUUACUUCAUGACCUUUGACCUGGAGUUGAUAUCUUAGACGAGGAUUUGAAAGAUGAGUUAAGGAAAGGAUGAAUUCAGCUGUCUGCGAAACUCUGAUUUUGCUACUUGUAGUAGAAGCUGGCCAAACUUGGAUGAACCCAGACCACUUGACAAAACAGUUGAAAGAAAGAGAUGAUAGAAAUGAUCAAUUGAGUUCUUCAGACUUAAGUUCUUAUCCUCUCCUUAAGGAGAAGAAACAAAUGAUUAAUUAUCCUGAGGGUUUUGAUGUGAUGACCACUUUUCAGGAAUUUUGAUUAUACCUAACCAAAGUCAAGGUAUAGAAAGUGAAAGUAAACAUAAUAAAGUGUGCUUCAUAACACACCAAUGUGCUGCUUGUAUGGAAGGGAAUAGAAACAGGAUAGAAUGAGGAGCAUUAGAAAAACAAAUUAAUUUUUUUUUAAAAUUCUUUCCUUCUAUUUCUUUUUCUUUUAUACUAUUGAUUUCAACAAACUCACGUUUUUGAAUGUCAGUUUAUCUAAAGAUGUGAAAAUAUCAUGGGCUAACAAUUUUUUGAAAAUCAGGAGCUUUUGGCUUUGAAUAUCCUAUUAAUUUGGAAGAGACUGGCAAUGAAUUGAUGCAUUGUUUAUCUCUAUUGUUCUUAUUGCUUAUCUUUAAGUGUAUGCUGCUAUAUGACAAGUAUCAAUGUCUCAUUUCAAUCAAGUACGCCACAUGAAAAAUAUUUCUGUUGGCUACCACAUGGUUUUCGAUCUGUAAAUUUCAUUUCAAUAAUGGAAAUAUGGUGCUGUCAUUUUUAUACAACCUUUGCAAGUUUUUCUAACUUUGUCAGUAUACAUCUAUUACAGUUGAUGAUAAUGUCAGUUUAAGUUGAUAGAUAGAUAGCAAUCUUACAUCAAUUUGCAUGAUUUACCAUUUCACUACAUAUGAAUAUGAAUACAUUUAAAGGUCUUUUUGUAAGCAUUUUUGUAUUAAUUAUGGCUGUCUGAUGUGGAUAUCACAAACUUCAUUUAUAUAGAAUACCUUCAAUGCACACUUGUAUGUCUAGUAGCAGUCAGGCAUCACUGCUCUUUUUAUUAGUUAUUCAUUAUGAUGAAAUAAAUCCUUACUGAUAAAUUGUCAGAAAAUGUGUCUCCCUUUCCCAUUUUGUACAGUUCAGAAAUAUCAUUGGUUCUUUUCGUACAAAAGUAUAUUUGUAUUUAUAAAAUGUACAUAGUUAUACAUAUUUCAUCUAUUUAUCUUUGUCUUGACCAUUUCACUUGUGAAAUAAAGUCAUUUUCCAGAAAUAUGUCGAGAUAGUUUCCCCUUCAUUUCUUAGUGAUGAAAUUUCUUUUGUUCAAAUGCAUACUGAACAAUUUGUGACACAUUAUACCGAAUUUGUAAGUGAUGGGAUGUGAUAGUAUUCUAUUGUUUGACUUUGUCAUGACUAUCCCAUGAACGUAGUUUGAGAAUUAGAGAAUGUAGAUCAGUAUUGAAUGCACAUACUUGCCUUCUUUUUCUCUUGCAUGUGCUGUAAGAGAAUUUAUUUUGUAGAUAGUAGUAUUCUCUCAUAAUGUAUAUAACUCAGAAGAGAAAGAUAUUCAGGCAACUUUGUUAGAUUUUCUAUACUCUUUUUGCACAUUCUAUGCAUUUAUACCAUACCCAAGGAGAUCAUUUCUAUAUUUGCAUUAGAGAUUACAAGUUGAAAUGUUUAUUCUUUAUAUGUGUAUUCUAUUCAUUGUAAUUGGAAAACCAAAUCCAAGACAGUUGCACGUAUCAUCAAUUGGUGGAAUAGCUGUUUCAAUUGAUUUGGUUUACGUGUAAAGAAAAUAUUUCAGAACAAUUUGACUAACCAUUUGGUUUAUGUAUAGCAAACAUUGUUUAUAUUAAAGAUAUUACUGAUUCUUUCUAGAUAAUUAGAUAUGAAGAGGUAUAUAGAAAUAUAGAAUAUAAAAGUAGAAUGUCUCACAAAUGUAUAUGAAACUUUGUACAGCAAGUCUUUCAUGCUUCAUAAGUGUAACGUAAAGGAGAUGGAAAAAAGAGAUGUUGUUGGACUUUUACUUCCUGUAAGCAUUUUUUUUUAUACACACAGUGAAUUCUUAGUUCUCUUCUUCAUUACUUAAUAAUUGGUUAACAAAAUAUGUCAAACAGUUUACUAGGUUUAAGUACUAUUCCAUUGAAAGACAAGAGUUUGUGUGUGUAUGUUUGUAUGUGUGUUUAUGUGUGUCUUUAAGAUAUUGAGUGACAUUUUGCUGCUCGUGUUGGUACAUACAUCUAUUUAGGUUGGCCAAAAUUUUGCUUUGAAAUCUGGAUGAAAGAGGUCACCAUCAAGACAUUGGUAAAUGGCAGGCUUUAUGAAAGUUGGUCAGUUGCUGCAUGAUAUGUGUACCUGUUUCUUUCCAUGUCUUGCUUACAUAUUGUAUGCAUGUAUGUAUGUAUGUCACAGUUAACCCUUAUUUAUUACCAGUGAAGAGAAACAUUUGCAAGAUAUUUUAGCACAUUAGAUUGUAAAUACAGAUCCUGUAGAAAAAAAGAAAUCAGAGAAAUCUAGUUAUAAUCAUGGAAACGGAAGAGAUUUUAUGUGCAGUAAUUGUCUUUUGAAGGGCAGAAUUGAAUUUGUGUUUUACUAUGACAAAAGUUCAUGAACAAGUGAGAAGAGAGUGAUUAUUAUAUGAGGUAGGCAUCUAUAUGUUUCGAUUAGAAUAUUAUAUUUGCAAUAUGAUUUAUUAGAAUGUGUAUCACGUUCGUGUUUGCAAAUGCAAAGACGGAAAGAUUGAACUUUUGUGUGUACAAACUUGUGUGGCAUUGGUCGGUUAUUAAAUUCCACCUUGAAUAAGAGAAA